CACCGACGAUUUAUAUGAAUUAAAUUCAAAAUCUUAAGUGAUAUUUAACAAUUGUGCAGACGGAGUGAUAUGCAUGUAUACUAAUACUAGUAGGUAUGAAAUCAUUAAAAAAAUAUCAGGAUCAAACAAACAUUGAGGCUGGAGAUAUUUCGCAUAUUCUAUCAAAGUAAAAUGAAAAAUAUUUUGCAUAGACAUAAUCAUCUUCAUAUAGCAUAUUUUUUAUUUUUUUUGAAGAUCUUCAUAUACCAUAUUAUAAAAGCUAAUCGUGAUACUAGGGUGCAACAGAUUCAAUAUUUUGUUGGGCUCAUACCUUGAGCAUGGCUAAUACUUUAUUUAUUUGUUGCUUUAGAAAUACAGUUCUUUCCCUCGAUCUGUGCCCCAUUUGUUUGCCACUUCUAAUUCCAGUGCAACAAACAUUUCAAAUUUCCAAUGGUGCACAACGUGACUAAUAUUCAUUCAUUCAUUCAUCCAAUCACCCUUAUCUUCUUCGCAGACAACUUGUUUUAUUUCUUUUGAGUUCUAUAUAUAUAGAUUAGAAAAAUAAGUUAGUCUUUCCCUCUAAUUAGAAUGACUUCAAGGAUCAGUCACAAAAAUGUGAAGGCCUGGGGAUUAGAUUAUGACUUCAAGACGAGAGGAGCACUCCUUCGGCCUCCGGAGAGAGUUGUGCGUCGUGCCUAUUUGUCCAUGCACACUACAUUUUCUCUACUUACCUCUACAAAAAGGCUGAAAGCAGCAAACACACCCACACACUAAUCUUCUCUUCUUUCUAUGUACAAUGGCGCGCAAUGAACUGUUGGGAAAACCAACCUACAUUUCACUGCAAGAACUCCAAAAACACAACAAACGUGUCGCCAUUGACGGCAAGAUAUACGACGUCUCUAAAUGGGCCAACCACCAUCCCGGUGGCGAAUUCCCUCUAAUCAGCCUUGCCGGCCAAGAGGUUACUGAAGCAUUCCUUGCUUUCCACCCUCCCACCGCCUACAACCGCCUCAACACCUUCUUCACCGGAAGCUACCUCUGUGACUGCGCCGUCUCUGAUGUGUCCCGUGAUUACCAGAAUCUCUUCUCCGAACUGACCGAGAUGGGGUUCUUCGAAUAUAAAGGAUGUGGUGUUUUACUCAUGAUUUCGUUAAUCAUUGUUAUGCUUUGUGUCAGUGUUUGUGGUGUUUUGUUUUCUGAUAGUUCGUGUGUGUGCGUGUGUUGUGGUGGGUUAAUGGGUUUCUUGUGGAUUCAAAGUGGUUGGAUUAGUCAUGAUUCUUGUCACUAUCAGAUUAUGGCGAACUGUAAUUGGAACUGGUUUGUUCAGAUCCUUUCUGGAAAUUUUCUUUCUAGUAUAAGCAUGGAGUGGUGGAAAUGGAACCACAAUGCACACCACCUUGCUUGUAAUAGUCUUGAUUUUGACCCUGACCUUCAACAUUUACCCUUUUUUGUUGUCUCUUCAAAGUUCUUUACUUCACUCACUUCUUGUUUUCAUGAUAGGAAGAUGAACUUUGAUUCUUUUGCUAGGUUCUUGGUUAGUUACCAACAUUGGAGUUAUUGUCCUGGUAUAUGUUUAGCUAGGUUCAAUUUGUUUGCUCGAUCUUUUUUCUUGCUACUGUCUAAUAGGAAAGUUCCCAAUAGAAAGAUAGAACUUUUGGGUUUGCUUGUGUUUUGGAUUUGGUACCCUUUGUUGGUUUCUUGUUUACCUAAUUGGGGUGAGAGAGUUUUGUUUGUAAUUGCUAGUUUUUCUGUGACUGGUAUUCAACAUGUUCAGUUCACUUUCAAUCAUUUUUCUGCAAGUGUCUAUAUUGGUCAACCAACAUCGCAUGAUUGGUUUGAGAAGCAAACUAGUGGGACUCUUGAUGUCGAGUCUCCUUCUUGAAUGGCCAAUCUACUUAUCAUUCAGACGUUGAGGAAUGCUGCUUUGCAAGCUCGGGAUCUUACUAAACCGAUUCCGAGAAAUUUAGUUUGGGAAGCAGGCGUAACUCAUCCAUACAAAACCGGAGGAUUGUCUCCUCUUAUAAACUCUUCUCAAGAUUCCUAUCUAUCCGAUGUGGGACUAAAUCCCACUCGAGAGUUGGCCGCUAACACACCCCCUCACACUUCAGCCCCCCGGCCCAAUGGGCCUGAAGCAUGGAGAUGCAGGAAGCCCAACGACAUGGACCCGAUAGACUCUCAUGCCAUGAGACGAAUAUCGAGGCGUAACUCAUCCAUACAAAACCGGCUUGUACGGUGAGGAGUGCCUCCUCUUAUAAACUCUUCUCAAGAUUCCUAUCUAUCCGAUGUGGGACUAAAUCCCACCCGAGAGUUGGCCGCUAACAGCUUCCUAAUAUUUUUCUGUCAUUGGCAAUUUGGUAAUCAUUGGCUUUGAGGAAA